AUGUGCACUUUCCUCAAGAAGGCUGACAGUGACCUGGGCUACGGGAAGAGGACUGUUAUCAGCAGGGUGCCUCUGGGCCUGAGGCAGUGCAGGACGACUAUAAAAGGCAGCGCAAGUCUCUGCUCUCUCAUCCACUUCUCUUGCCUCCUGCUCCUUGGGAAUCAGGUGCACCUCUGGCCCAGAGACAUGUCCUGCUACGACAAGUGUCAGCCCUGCUGCCCGCCCUGCCUGCCCUGCCAGCCCUGCGGCCCGACCCCGCUGGCCAACAGCUGCAAUGAGCCCUGUGUCAGGCAGUGCCAGAACUCCACCGUUGUCAUCCAGCCCUCCCCCGUGGUGGUGACCCUGCCCGGACCCAUCCUCAGCUCCUUCCCACAGAACACCCUGGUGGGCUCCUCCACCUCUGCUGCUGUUGGCAGCAUCCUCAGCUGUGACGGAGUCCCCAUCAACUCUCCCUGCUGUGACCUCUCCUGCAUCACCAGCCGCUACUGUGGCAACAGAUGUCAGCCCUGCUAAACCUGCUGGCAACAUGCUGGAGUAAGAACCUCCCAAGGCCUCAGAACAUGAUGCUGGAAAGGAGAUAGAGCUUUGGAGGUUUCUACUUAGAUCUUUGGUCCAUUUGUUGCCUCUUCCACUCUCUUCUAUCUCUUCUUCUUUUUUCCUGUCACCGCCUGCCAACGCCAGCCUAGCGGCAACCUGUUGGCCUCCUUCCCUCUUCCGGGCUGGCAGAUGGACACCCUGGAGGAGCUCCACGGCAUCUUAGUGGCUGCCCCUGGGGCACCCUCUCAGCCCCCUCCUUUUCCUCUUUACACUCAUUAAAGCUGUGCUGCAUCCAA